UGUGACCAUGUCGUUAGUGAAAACGGAAGUUCUCUGUCUGCUCAAAGACGUCAAAAAUCAGAUAGAACGGGCAAAGGAGAUUGAACAGACAGUAGAAAGCUUGACAUAUUUACACGAUCAUAUAGAAACAAACGAGGCGAUUUCGCGCCAGUUUUCUGGAAGACUUUACAUUGAAUUUUGCGAAUAUCUCAUCAGAGAUGUGACUGCAAGGUGGACGGACGAGUCGUACAGGAAGCUUCAAGACUGCCUUGCUGUUUUCUUUAUGCGUGGUCCGGCCGAGGACUCGUUCUUGGUUCUAACGAAGUCACUUUCAUCAGACAGUCACACGACUGCAGUAAAAACAGCACUUGGAUUGCUGGAGAGCUGGCUGUCUAGGGGAAGAAUGAGUGAGUUGAUCAAAGGGAAGACGUCGUUGGUAGUAGAUGGGAAUGAGAAGAGAAAUUUGCAGAGAAAUUUGUCAGGAUUCGAUGAAAAAUUGAUGUCAAGGCUAGUAGCACUACCAGAUAUAGCGGCCAAUCAAGUAAACAUACAAGAAAGGUCUCAGUUGAGUUGUGCAAAAUACUACAAACUACUAGCUGAAUCUAUACUGGAUGUCCUUCGGUUUACAUAUGAGAACAUGAAAGAUGGUCAUGAUUGCAGUCUGGUAUUUGCAAAUGCUGUGUUUGGGAAGGCAUGUUUGCAAGGCCAUUCAAAUGCUAUGAUGACUGUUCUACUACCUUCCUUCGCUUCAUUUGCCCAGUCAGAUCCUUUAUGGCGGCGCAUUUGUCAAAGAUUUCUUACAGUUGGACCCGACUGCUACAUAGAGAGCAUCAUUACUUCAUUGCUUACGAAGAUUAACCCAUCGUUUGGUGAGGAGUGUCUCGUGUCUCAUCUAGUAGGAGAUGUCGUUCUAACUAGCAGCAAAGUAAAGUUUCUAUUGACUCAUAAACUUAUUCUGACUCAAUUUUAUUCAAAGGUUUCUGUUCUUCUCAACAUUAUUUUCUACUUGGCUGGAUCAGACACUAGGAGGCAGUUGAUGAUUGAAACCCUCAUGAAGGUAAUUGAUGUAUGGGGUGAUGCCAGUGCUCUCAAUCAUUCAUCCUAUGAGCAGCACUUUUAUAUUACACAAGCAGUUCACAUUUUGACAAGGUGUUUAACAAAGGACAAUGUAGAAGAGCAUGGUCAAGCCUUGUUGUUGAAGCUUAUUCAUGGAGUUCAUUCUCACCUCAAAUGCUCUGUGGAGAAAGUGCGUCGUCUAGGUUUAGUAGCAGGAGAGUGUCUUACUAAACUACUGGAUUCUUCAGGAAAGAAAUUAGAGUUUGAAUAUGAAGUUGAUGAUGAUGUUAUGCUGUUGAAACUACUGUGUGGCUCAUUUGAAGACAUGAAGAAGUACUUAGCCAGUACUGAUGAGGUUUCAAGUGUGGAGAAAGACCAGGAGAAGCAAAUGAAGCCAGGUGUAGAAUUGCCUGUGGAUAUGAAACCAGCUAAUGGUGACAGUGAUGAUGACUCUGAUGAUGGUUUGCAGCCAUAUGCCUUACCUGAUGAAAGUCAUGAUUUCCAGAGGAAGGGACCUGUCUAUCUUAGAGAUGUGGUGACUGGAUUGCUUUGCCAAGAUGAUCGAGAUCGCACUGAGGCAUCUCUCUUGGUAGCUGAAAAAGUCAUUCGCUCUCAGCCAGACAACCUUGAUGAGGUUGCUGUGGAGUUGGUCAAGAUAUUACUUCAUAUGCAAGACACAUACUCCUUAGAUGGGUUCUUCCUUCUCAGACACAAUGCAAUGGUUGCAGCAACUGUUCUUUGUCCUCGGCAGGUUGUACCUUAUCUGACAAAACAGUUUUAUGAAAGAAACUUCAACUUGAGGCAACGGUUGGACAUGUUGGAGGUUUUAUCUUCAGCUGCUACAGAGCUGUCUAUUCCAAACAAAAGUAGUAAUCAAGAGCAAGCGCACAAUGUUGUGCCACUUAUUAGAGAACUUCACAAGGAAUCGUCUGUGAGCAGAAAUUGGCAGGAAAUCAUCAGAGAAAGAGUAGAGGCUAAAACUAGGAGAUUUGUCAAGGGACCAUCUACAUCUUUACCUCAACCUGUUCCCAAUCGAUUUGGUCCUGUUGCUGGUCUCUUCUUUUUUCCCCUUAUGGAAAAAUAUGACAGUUGCUGUGCUACCAUUGAUAUGAUGGGUGAAGAUCACUUGAUGUUAGGACGGCUUAUCUCUACACUGGCGGUUAUCAUGCAUGCUUCUGCCAAUACACCAGCAGCUAGACAAAUGGCGAUUGCACUGAUGGAAUUUGUGUUUGCUAUUCGUUACCAUUCAGAGAGAUAUGUUCGACAAGCAUUGUUGUAUGCCAUAUGUAUGGUCUUGUGCAGUCUCCCUCCUGCUGUUCUGCUGUCAGACUUGCAGUCUGAACUAGUUGAGACUCAUGCAUGGUUAGAAGAUGUGUUAAGCCAUGAUCCAGAUGCAAAGAGUCAAGAGUUAGCUCUACAGACAACGGUAUUGCUUGAAAGUAUUCUGAAGGAAUCCAUCAGUCAGUGAAAUCAACUGCUGUGAAUGUGCAAUCAGAAUUAUCAUAAUUACUACAAAACUUUGUAAAAAGAAGUGUGAAACAGGAUCAGACUAAGAGCUCCUUGUUUUCUUGUGCUUGAGCAUGGCUCUUCAUGUCAACACAGGUGGCUGAAAUUGAACUGAUGAAUUGAGUUUUGUGGAAGUCCAUGAUGCUAUUAUUGCAGCCGUAACUGGUCACACUUCAGGCUCUGUAAUUGCUUUCAAAUUACUGGUUUGUAUAAUUAUGUAGAUAACCUAACAGUGUGUACUCUGUUAUGCAUGUAUAACAGUACAGGAAUUUCUUAAAGUACCUGAAAAAUUGAUCUUGUCUGUAAUGUCUAUUAAUUAAUAUCAAUUCUAAACUCGCUUGUGUUUAGAUUAUUACUCUGCAUUGGUUACCUAGUCAGUUAGUAUUGUAGAGAAGGGCAGUGUUUACAUCAAUAGAGAUGGAUAUCAAGGCGACCUCACACUGGAUACUGAUCUUACCAGUAACAGCUAA